AACGAGGAGCUUCUCUGCUGCUGCCCUCUUGUGUCUGAAAAAAGCAGUACUACUCGUCGGCCAGUAAAUCCUAACACAUCUGAUGAUGAUGAUGACGCUGCGGAAGCAGGUCCAUCAAAAGAAGUAUGGAGUAGCAGAAGUGGCUCUUCUGUAAGACUUAACCACAAGAAACCUGUGGCGGAAAAGAAAGCAAGGUCGUCUGUCCCGCCACAAACACAGCAGGCUACCCCGCCACGAAGAUUAUCGUCCGUAUGUUCGGUCCCCCCACUCCAAAUUUUGAACACACCUCCAAGACGUCAUCCACACUCCCCUCAUCUUGAUUCUUCGAGUCCUGGGAACAGCAUCCCUCCGCAACAACAGCAACACAGUGACAUGGAGGAGACAAACAUCUUAGAAAUGCAGCCAUUAAUGCAAAGAAUGAGCCCCCCAGCACCUGUGAGUACACCACCACAGCAAAGCACACCACAACCACAACACAGCCCAACAACACCAGGAACACAAGGCCCUGAUCAGGUGUUUUGGACUAUUUGGGCUAGACAGCAGGCCACUAAUGAAGAUUGCCUGCGUAAGCAGACACAAAUGUUUGCAAGCCUACCAUCUCACCUCAGAAGAAUCUCAAGAAAUCUGAGUCAACAAUAUGAGCAAACAACCAGAAUAGGCAAUACCAUGGAAGUCAUGCGUACAGACAUUACACAGAUCAUGGGCAACUUACAGCGCAUAAUGGAAGAACAGCACAGACUAAUGGAAGAACAGCACAGACAACAGCAAAGUUAUAUGAGCAUUUUUCAAAACAGUCAAAAGAUUAAUGAAAGUUUAAUCAGAAUAGUAGACAAUCAAAAUGCUGCUACACGUGAACUCAAUGCCACCCUCACUAACCUGAAUGAAACUCUCAGAUGCAUGCACCAACAGCAAACAACCAGCAGUUCUGGUACGACUACUCCAAAUAUCACACCAGUCUCAUCACCACCAAGACGGUCCACCAGAGCACGCCAACAUGACAGUGCUAAAGGCAAAGGCCAGGACAAGCAGCCACCCAAAAAAACGUAAAAAAACAAGUUAGACAUUUGUGAUAAUUAACACAAAAUAGUUUGCAAGUGUUUUUGAUGGUUUACAAAAUAUCACACUUAGCUCCUUGACCCUUUUUUUAACAUCAUUAAUUAAAAGUGGGCCAAAAUAAUUGGGGGGAAAAGUACGCACAUUUAUUCCUUUUCUUCUUUUUAGGGUAUUGGAGGAGGAAAAUGUUGAUGUAGCCACACAUACAUGUUAGCAGGAAGUAAACUGACCACUUGAUUUUUUUCUAAUCAUUACUCUUUCUAGAUUCCAAUCAUUCUCUUUGCCUGCAGAUACAAUAAUUGCCUGCCAGGCAGAAUGUCUUUAGCAGGAAAUAAACUGACCACUUGAUUUUUUUCUAAUCAUUACUCUUUCUAGAUUCCAAUCAUUCUCUUUGCCUGCAGAUACAAUAAUUGCCUGCCAGGCAGAAUGUCUUUAGCAGGAAGUAAACUGACCACUUGAUUUUUUUCUAAUCAUUACUCUUUCUAGAUUCCAAACAUUCUCUUUGCCUGCAGAUACAAUAAUUACCUGCCAGGCAGAAUGUCUUUAGCAAGAAGUAAACUGACCACUUGAUUUUUUUCUAAUCAUUACUCUUUCUAGAUUCCAAUCAUUCUCUUUGCCUGCAGAUACAAUAAUUGCCUGCCAGGCAGAAUGUCUUUAGCAGGAAGUAAACUGACCACUUGAUUUUUUUUCUAAUCAUUACUCUUUCUAGAUUCCAAUCAUUCUCUUUGCCUGCAGACAAUCCAAAUUACAAUGUUAGUGAUACAUAUCUUAGCUAUCUUAUCUAUACAACAUUACAAGAUGAACUCAAUUGAGUGGCGUAAAAAGCUUGUAAUAUGUUGCCUUUGUUUUGUUUGUAAAACAUUGUCCAAAUGAAUGUCAGUAUUGUUGGGACAUGUUUGUGUGUGUUUAAAAUUAUUAGGCAUGUUUUU